CACUUUUGGCCUGGAGAAUGUUGUAGCAUGGAAGGAUAGGGCUUUGGCGACACCUCGGAGUGAGAGAGGUGUGAUGCUGCUUACCUGCGAGGGUGAAAUUUUGGUGAGUGCAUCGCUCUGGUACGGAAACUGGGGAACUCAUUGGUAGUAGAGCAAUCACAUCAAGGUCACCGAACAGGUGAUGGCCUGGAGGAGUAAUAUUGAUGUCGUACCGAGCCAUGCACCACCUAUGCACCCCUUCGAUUCAGAUCAACGUAGGCUGUCGAUUCUGAACGACGGUUCCUACGUUCCCGGCGAGGCCCCAGACGACGCGCCGACACUUAAUGCUCGUGAGUGGGACAGGUGGUUCCUUCUGACGCUCCUCGGAAAGCAACGCUAUGACGACAGGAAGGCAUCGGAGGAACGAGAGGUGCUCUGGCACGCCAUACACCACGACCCUCUCACCGAGCCCAAUGACUGGCUGGACUUCAUGUGCAGCAAGAGGGACGACGAGACCCAGCACCAUCGCACCAGUCGCGAUGAACACCCCAACAACAUAUAUGACAAUAUGACAUCGGUUAGCCCAUCGGGGUUGGCAACGACAAUGCCAGACCAUUCGUAUCCUCCACCACUGCCUCACCACCAGCAAGAGGCACACCAAACAACAUAUUCAGCCUCGCCGCCUCCGUCUCUCGCCUUCGAUGAUGGAUAUCCAGCUCAAUCCUCAAGUUCAUAGGCUUGUUCGUUCAGGCUGCGUAAUACCUAUCUACAGAGGAGAGGAAGGUUUGGGAAAACGCGCGGCGAGGCAGAAGAUGUAGCUAUAAAAUUUU